CACGAACUACUUUCUAUGGGAUACAUAUAAAUGUCACUUAGGAUGGUAUUGUAUACAUGAUAAAACAAGCAGCUUUAAUGUUAACUUAUAUUUUUACCAUCGUAGUAUACCAGGUACAUGUACGUAUAGGAUGUUAAGGCGGAAAAAACUGAGCUAGCCAUUCAUAUAAAGUUUAAUAAUGAGGAUUCGCCAUUUCACUAUUAAACUGAUAUUUUCCAUCAUCGUUGUAUACGCUCUGGGAAUUUUGAUAUUGUACAGGAGGAAAAAACUUGAAGCAAUUCGUAUCUGUGAAUUAAGGAAUCGGGAGAUGUUUCCGAAAGACAAGUGGGGCACAUCAUUAAAUCGUCCACUUGGAACCAAGGCCUACAGAGCAAAUGAUAUACACAAUAAGCUAACUGUACUGGAUAUUCCGAAUGCCGACCAAUUCUUGCCAGCGAUUGAAGACCACAACUAUUACAUUAUGAUGAACAUAUUGAGAAAAUUUGUUGAUGUUUGUCAAAAUAAUUCAUUGGAUUAUUUCAUGUGUGGUGGAACUCUACUAGGAGCGUAUAGACACCAUGGAUUCAUACCUUGGGAUGAUGAUUUGGAUGUGAUGAUGAAUGUCAGCCAAAUGCCCCAAAUUAAGGCAAUUUUUGGAUCACUUGGUCCGGACUAUGUACUUCAGGCUCCAAAUGGAAUACUCCAAUGGAAAUUAUUUUCCAAGAACUCCUGUAACAUUAUGUCAAAGGAUUUUAAAUGGCCAUAUCUAGACAUAUUUUUCUACGAGGAACUAAACAAAACACACAUUCGAGAUUCUAUCGUCUAUUAUGCGAAAGAAGUAUUUCACAAAUCAAAAGUUUGGCCGCUUCAAAAACGCAAAUUUGAAAAUAUGGAAAUUAAUGCACCGUGCGAUACUGCGACAUUUCUGGAUACACAUUAUGAUGUAUCGUUAUGUAUGAGCAAAGACUACAAUCAUGCCAAAGAGGUAUUUACGAAUAAGGCAACAGCGAUUUCGUGCGACGUGCUUCACCAUAUCUACCCAUUUGUGAAGCGAGCAAAAUAUAAUGAUCAUGUAAAGGAAAGUCUCAUGUUAGGUAACAUCACGCUUGAAAUUGUGAAUCUUCCAAAGACUUGUUGA